UUUUAUUGCAGAAAGUUUUUGAUCGUCCAAUAUGAAAGUUUGCCUCUUGAUUGUCUUCGUCUUCGUCCUCAUCAUCUCGGCCCUUUUGGUCAUAAUCAGCGGCCAUCCUGUGGAGGAACAAAAGGUCACACUGGAGGAUGCUGCAGCACAGCCGGGAAUCGAUGAUGGUACUGGAGUGAGGGCCGUUCGUCACUUUGGCGGCGGCGGCUUUGGUGGAGGCGGCUAUGGACGCGGAGGAUUCUGCUGUGGAGGAGGUGGUGGCUUCCGCCGCGGCGGCUUUGGCGGCGGUGGCUUCGGUGGUUAUCCUGGUGGCGGCUAUGGCGGAUAUCCCAGAGGUGGAGGCUACGGAGGAGGCAGUGCAUCAGCCUCUGCGUCCGCUUCAGCCAGUUCCAGUUGGGGACGUAAAUAAAAUAAUUAAUCGCUAUAAUUGAGACAAAAAUAGAGAAUUGUCGAAACGAAAACAAAAA